CAUAAGUGGAGUAUGGUGUCAUCGGCACAUCGGACCACACCAUUCAACGAAAAUAUUGGAACCCUUUAUAUUUUAUUUCAAAACUCGACUAAUACUACUGGCCAUAUCUCCUCCCUAUACCUGUCGAAUUUAUCAUCUAGCUGUUGGUUCCGUCUCUAUUUUAUAAACAAUUAAUCCACGCCACUCGGCCACUAUCAAUCGAUACAGACACGUAUUUAUUGAAAUUGACGUUUACAGGAUAAAAAUUCCCCUUUAGGAAAAUCAAAAAGAAUGGAAAACAGCAAAUGGGUAGCUACGGUGGCGAGCAUAUGGAUCCAAUGCAGCUGCGGCGCCUCCUACGCCUUCGGAAUCUACUCCGCCGUCCUCAAAUCCAGCCAAGGUUAUGAUCAAUCGACUCUCGACACCGUCUCCGUCUUCAAAGAUAUCGGUGCUAAUAUCGGAGUUUUAUCCGGUCUCCUCUACCACGCCGUCACCAAUAACCACCGCGAUUCAACGCCGCCGUCGUCUCGUUUCGGAUCCGGACUCUCGCUCGUCUACUUGGCUGGUGCGAUUCAGUGCUUCGCCGGUUACUUCCUUAUGUGGUUGUCCGUUACCGGAGUUAUCGAUAGGCCGCAUGUCCUGUUUAUGUGCCUCUUCAUGUUUAUGGCGGCACACGCACAGACUUUCUUCAACACCGCAAAUGUCGUCGUCGCCGUCCGGAACUUUCCCGAUUACGGUGGAACAACCGUCGGCAUUAUGAAGGGGUUUCUUGGAUUAAGCGGAGCUAUCCUAAUUCAGAUCUACCAAACUCUAUUUUAUGGCAAACCAACAACCUUCUUACUGAUGCUUGCUUUAUUUCCAACCAUCGUCUCUCUACUAUUCAUGAAUUUCGUUCACGAAAACCCCUCAAACACAACUCACGACAAACACCAUCUAAACAACUUCUCACUAAUCGCACUCGCCAUAGCCACAUACCUAAUGAUCAUCCUCAUCUUCCAAAACAUCUUCAUCUUCCCAUCAUGGGCUCACUUCCUCACAACCAUAAUUCUUCUCAUCCUCAUCUCCUCACCUCUUCAAAUCGCACUCACAGCUCAAAGAAACGAACAACAGGAAUCAUCAACCUCACCAACAAUAACCCCAUUGAUUGUCGCUUCAGAAGCUCAGGUGGAUUCACAUUCAGUAGUUGAAAUGAACCUGAUACAAGCAAUGAGCACAGUCAACUUCUGGCUCCUAUUUCUAGCCAUGAUUUGUGCAAUGGGAUCAGGGUUAGCGACAAUCAACAACAUAUCUCAAAUAGGCGAGUCUCUUAACUACUCAAAAGUUAAAAUCAACACAAUGGUGUCUCUAUGGAGUAUAUGGAACUUUCUCGGAAGAUUCGGAGGUGGAUUUGUAUCUGAUUUGAUUCUACACAAAUACAGUUGGGGGAGACCACUGUUCAUCUCUCUUACACUAGCAGCAAUGGUGAUUGGGCAUUUGAUCAUAGCAUUAGGUGGGAGUUUAUACUUUGGUUCAGUGAUUGUAGGGGUUUGUUAUGGAGCACAGUGGUCUUUAAUGCCUACGAUUACUUCUGAAAUAUUUGGGGUGAAACAUAUGGGGACGAUUUUUAAUACGAUUGCUGCAGCUAAUCCUGUUGGAUCUUAUAUAUUUUCUGUGAGAGUGAUUGGGAGUAUUUAUGAUAAAGAAGCAAGAGAAGAAGGGGGUUUGUGUUUUGGGACUCAUUGCUUUAUGGUUUCGUUUUUUGUGUUUGCUGGGGUUUGUGUUUUUGGGAUGUUUGUUUCAUUGGUGUUGUUUUUUAGGACAAAGGGGUUUUAUGUGUUGCUUAUGGAAAGAAGGUCGAAGCACCUUGAGUAAUAUGACUCGAGAAGAUGUUUGAAUUGUACAGGAGUUUUGAGUAUUUGUAAAUUGUUUGUAGAUUUGUGUUAAGUGCAAAAUAUAUAGAAAAUGUAUUUGAGUUUCGUGAUUUUAGGUAAAUGGUAAGUAAAAUGAUCGGGCGAGUUGAAAUAUGUAAAUGUUUUAAGGAUUGUUUUUGAGUUUAUUCGUUAAAGGGGAAUGAGUGAAUAAAUAGUCAUUGCUAUUUAGUUUAUGUAAUUAUUCAUUUUUUUAAUAUCGAUUGAUGGUGUAAUUUG